CGGUAGAACCGGCGAAUUGACGCGGCGCACGAUCGGAAACGAGGAGCAUGGAAAACCCUAGCUUCGACCUUCGUCGAUUAGAGAACAAUCGCAAUACCCAAUAAAUGAGACGCGAUGCGGUGCUGGAGAAGAGCUGAUCGGUGGGAGACCGAACGAGAGUAGAGCUACGUCGAUCCAAGGGAAGCGCGCUGCGGCGACCUCACCAUAGACGACGACGGUGAAUUCUAUUGACAGUGACAAUGGAGGUGGCGUCGUACGCUUGUGAAAGCUAAAACUUGGAAUGAACACUACUGUGUUUGUAAAUAAAUAUUAUAAUUGCACUUCCAAAACCAAACUGUCAUUAUGGAGAACAAACAUCGAUUAGCAAAAGCCUGAAGCACAAUUAUGACUUGCCGGAGAAGACACUUUCAGCGGCGGAUUAAACAAACGAAGCAGCAACGGACACAAGUGCAAGCGACAGACUGAAUUCCACUGCCUGUGUUUUGAAAUUCUGUGAACUUUGUUAAAAACCCAACCAUGCCCUGAUUUGGCAUGACUGGAAUAACAAUCAUACCUUCUCAAGUUUUGCUCGGCGAAGGCAGUAGGCUGUUGGCUAAUGGAGGCCAAACGACGGAAAAAGAAAAAGAACAAGGAAAACAACUGUGAAUGAGAACCGACGGUGAUGCCACAGUCAAAGGGCAAACCACCUGCGACAGCAACGGAGGAAGCGACAGAUGAGAGCAAACUAGGGUUUGAGCUUUCCAUGGUUGCUCCAAAAGCAUGAAAGCAAGGUUUUGAAGUUCUUGGGGUUUAUGUGGAAUCCGUUAUCAUGGGUCAUGGAGAGUGCAGCCAUCAUUGCCAUUGGUCUGGCUCAUGGAGGGGGCAAGCCCAUGGAUUGGCAAGAUUUCAUUGGUAUCCUUUUAUUGCUGAUCAUAAACUCUACUGUCAGCUUCAUUGAGGAAAACAAUGCAGGCAAUGCUGCUGCUGCUCUAAUGGCAGGACUUGCACCUAAGACUAAAGUGUUGAGAGAUGGCAAAUGGAGUGAACAAGAAGCUGCAAUCCUUGUGCCUGGAGAUGUAAUCAGCAUAAAACUAGGAGACAUUGUCCCUGCAGAUGCCCGACUUCUUGAAGGAGAUCCUCUCAAGAUCGAUCAAUCUUCCCUGACUGGAGAAUCUUUGCCCGUCACCAAGAAUCCAGGAGAUGAAGUCUUCUCUGGCUCCACAUGUAAACAGGGUGAAAUUGAAGCUGUUGUUAUUGCCACUGGUCUCCAUACUUUCUUUGGUAAAGCUGCACAUCUUGUUGACAGCACCAAUCAAGUUGGUCACUUCCAAAAGGUGUUGACUUCCAUUGGAAACUUCUGCAUAUGUUCCAUAGCUGUGGGGAUUGUGGUAGAGAUAGUGGUGAUGUACCCAAUCCAGCACAGAAGAUACAGAGAUGGCAUUGACAAUCUAUUGGUUCUGCUAAUUGGAGGGAUCCCAAUUGCCAUGCCCACUGUCUUAUCAGUGACCAUGGCAAUCGGCUCUCACCGUCUGUCCCAGCAAGGUGCCAUCACCAAGAGGAUGACUGCAAUUGAAGAGAUGGCCGGAAUGGAUGUCCUUUGCAGUGACAAGACUGGAACUCUCACCCUUAACAAGCUCACUGUUGACAAAAGUCUUAUUGAGGUUUUCACUAAGGGUAUCGAUAAGGAUGCUGUCAUGGUCCUUGCGGCCAGGGCGUCCAGGGUGGAGAAUCAGGAUGCCAUUGAUGCGUGUAUCGUUGGAAUGCUGGCUGAUCCUAAGGAGGCUAGGGCAGGCAUCCAGGAGGUGCACUUCCUACCUUUCAAUCCAGUGGACAAGCGCACCGCUAUCACGUACAUAGACUCCAGUGGGAAUUGGCAUAGGGCAAGCAAAGGUGCACCAGAACAGAUUGUUGAGCUUUGUGGCCUGAAUGACGAUGCACAAAGAAGAGUUCAUUCGAUCAUCGACAAGUUUGCAGAUCGCGGCCUUCGCUCUCUUGCUGUCUGUCAACAAGAAGUGCCUGAAAAGAAUAAGGACAGCCAGGGAGGUCCAUGGCAAUUAGUAGGACUCUUGCCUCUGUUUGAUCCACCAAGACACGACAGUGGAGAAACAAUCAAGCGUGCACUGCACCUUGGUGUCAACGUGAAGAUGAUCACGGGGGAUCAGCUAGCCAUUGCUAAGGAGACAGGGCGACGACUAGGGAUGGGGACUAACAUGUAUCCUUCUUCCUCCCUCCUGGGUGGUGACAAGGGAGAAAACAUUGAGAACCUUCAGGUUGAGGAGCUCAUUGAGAGGGCUGAUGGCUUCGCCGGAGUUUUCCCAGAGCACAAGUAUGAGAUUGUGAAGAAACUGCAAGAGAGAAAGCACAUAUGUGGCAUGACUGGGGAUGGGGUGAACGAUGCCCCAGCACUGAAGAGAGCAGACAUCGGAAUCGCAGUGGCUGAUGCGACAGAUGCAGCCAGGAGUGCGUCUGACAUAGUCCUGACAGAACCAGGUCUGAGUGUGAUUGUCAGUACCGUGUUGACAAGCAGAGCCAUUUUCCAGAGGAUGAAGAAUUACACAAUUUAUGCAGUUUCCAUAACAAUCCGUAUCGUUCUUGGUUUCAUGUUGAUUGCCCUAAUCUGGAAAUUCGACUUCUCUCCCUUCAUGGUUCUCAUCAUUGCGAUUCUCAAUGACGGGACCAUCAUGACCAUUUCCAAAGAUAAAGUGAAGCCGUCCCCAAUGCCUGAUUCCUGGAAGCUUAAGGAAAUUUUUGCCACAGGCAUUGUUCUUGGGACUUACCUAGCCGUCAUGACUGUCAUCUUCUUCUGGGCUGUUCAUGACUCUGACUUCUUCACGGAGAGGUUCCAUGUUAGACGAAUCAGGGAUAAUUACGCCGAGAUCAACUCAGCUUUGUAUCUUCAAGUGAGCAUCGUGAGUCAGGCUCUUAUCUUCGUCACCAGGUCCCGGAGUUGGUCUUUUGUAGAACGCCCCGGUCUCUUGCUUGUUGCUGCUUUUGUUGUCGCACAACUGGUUGCCACCUUGAUUGCUGUGUAUGCAAACUGGGGAUUUGCUAGAGUAAGCGGCAUUGGCUGGGGCUGGGCAGCUGUGAUCUGGAUCUAUAGCAUACUUUUCUACAUUCCACUCGAUGUGUUGAAGUUUGCGAUUCGAUAUGCUCUUAGCGGUAGAGCAUGGGAUAAUAUGCUAAACAGCAAGACUGCUUUCACAUCUAAGAAGGAUUAUGGACGGGGCGAAAGAGAGGCACAGUGGGUAAUGGCUCAAAGAACAUUGCAUGGUCUUCAACACCCAAACACAUCUCAGCUCUUCAAUGAAAACAAGAGCUAUAGAGAACUUUCAGAAAUCGCCGAGCAGGCUAAACGCCGCGCCGAAGUUGCUAGGCUAAGGGAACUACACACGCUAAAGGGCCAUGUUGAAUCCGUGGUGAAGCUCAAGGGAAUUGAUGGCGAUGCAAUUCAGCAGUCAUACACGGUCUGAGAAAGCUGUAAAAAUUGAAGGAUGAAAUGUACUUAAUUAUAACCUAUCAUCAUUGUCAAGAGGAGAAUAAGGAAAAGAAUCCCAAUGCUAACUCCCCUAGGUUCUAUUUAUUUAUCUCAUUUGUGUUUGUUGAGAUGAAUGAUGAAGUAGGGUAGCUAAUAAGAUCAAACAAAAAAUGUUGUUUGUGGGU